UCCAUGGUGGGAGAAAAGUGGACGUGGAUCGUGGAUUCGUUUUUAUAUCACUUUCACGCUCAUGUAUAGUUUUUGGUCCAGUUUAGUUUCACUCCCGGCCAGUUCGCCAGUUGUCAGUGAGCGUCUCCGUCCUUACGGAUUAGUCUGUUUCGGUUGUCAGUGUUGUGCGAAAGGGAUUUUUCAGUCAUGAUUGACGUUGUCGAGGUUAGAUCUCUUCUAGCUGCCCACAACCAGUCACAUAUUCUUCAGUUCUGGGACAACUUAAGUGACAUCGAGAAGGAAGAAUUACUGAAGGAUAUUAAGAGCACAAAUGUGCCAGAGGCUACCUCUUACUUCCAGAGUUCCAUUGCAACUCUUGAAGAGACAAAGAAAUUGGACGAUCUGAUGCAGCCGAUUCCGUCCCAUCUCUAUGGAGCCGUCUCUAGAACCUCUUCGGAGGACUUGGAGCUCUAUGAAAAUAUUGGUCUUGAGUCUAUCUCAAACGGUCAAGUUGGGGUGCUCUUACUUGCUGGAGGCCAAGGAACGCGCCUGGGUGUUACAUAUCCUAAAGGUAUGUACGAUGUUGGAUUACCAUCUCAUAAGUCACUGUAUCAAAUUCAAGCUGAACGCAUAAGAAAAUUAUGUGAAUUAGCUGAGGAGCGAACGGGCAAAUAUGGGACCAUCACUUGGUUUAUUAUGACAAGUGAGCACACGAAAGAACCCACCUUGGAAUUUUUCAAGAAACAUAAUUUUUUUGGAUUGAACAAGAAUGAUGUUAUAUUAUUUGAACAAGGUAUGUUGCCUUGUUUCACUCUUGAUGGAAAAAUCAUCUUAGACAAUCGCUCCAAGAUUUCUAAAGCGCCUGAUGGGAAUGGAGGAAUAUACCGUGCAUUACAAGACAACGGACUCCUGAGGGUAAUGGAAACCAGAGGGAUCAAAUAUCUGCAUGCUCACAGUGUUGACAAUAUAUUGGUAAAGGUUGCUGAUCCAAUCUUUAUUGGUUACUGUAUCCACAAAAAAGCCGAUUGUGGUGCUAAAGUCGUUGAAAAAUCAUCUCCUACUGAAGCUCUUGGAGUCAUUUGUAGUGUUAAUGGCAAGUUCCAAGUUGUAGAAUAUAGUGAAAUAACUUUGGAAACAGCUAUGAAACAAGAUGAUGAUGGUAAAUUAACUUUCAGGGCAGGGAGCAUUUGCAACCAUUUCUUCACCACAGACUUUUUGAGGAACGUUGCAACUAAAUUUGAAAGUGAUCUUAAGUUACAUAUUGCUAAGAAAAAGAUACCUUUCGUUUCUUCCAAUGGCCAAAGAUGUAUUCCAGAUAAACCCAAUGGAAUUAAAAUGGAAAAAUUUAUUUUUGAUGCCUUUCAGUUCAGUGAUCAUUUAGUUGUUUGGGAAGUUAGUAGGGAUGAAGAGUUCAGUGCUCUGAAAAAUGCUGACUCGGCUGGAAAAGAUUGUCCUAAAACUGCCAUCAAAGCCCUGUACAGGUUGCACAAAAAAUUUUUGGAGGAAGCAGGUGGAAUAUUCGAUGGUAACUCUGACUGUAUUUGUGAAAUUUCUCCUCUCAUCUCAUAUGCAGGGGAAGGUUUGAAGAAUAUUAUAAAAGAGAAGCCCCUAAAAUCACCAGUACUUUUAAAGAAACCCAAUGAACCAAUUAUCUAUGGUGGGAUCCAAAAUAAUCACCAAGGUUGAUGAGGGAAAACUAAAUUUUGUGUAAGUUACUUGAGAAUACUGACUUAAAUUCUUUAUGAUUUCCAAACUGCCAGCACUAAGUAUUUAGAUCCAGUAUUGAUUCUAUCUAAGUUUCCAUUCUUCCGAUUAAUUUCCUAAAAAAUGGAUCAAGCCAUCACUUCAUAGCAGUGAAUGGCAAUCUUUAAUGAUGCAAGGCUUAAGUUUGUGCAGAAACAAAAUUUGGAGGUUCACGACUUCCCCAAUAUGUCAAAAGGCAUUCAAUACCCUCAUGCUUUAAAGGCCCUCUUGAACCUAAUUACAAAACUGAAACUGUCAAAUCCGUGCAAAUGCAGGUGACAAACUUUUUUUUAUAUUGUUCAAUGUGGAACUGGAACUUCCUGGUUCCUGUUUUAGAGGACUGAAAAGAAAUUUAGCGAAAAAAUUUAAAUUAAAAAUUUGACUACCCUCACAAGAAAAGUGCAGAAUUAUUAUCCAACAUUUCCCCUGUAGUGCUACCUUUAAACUUAUUUUUUGGUUUAUAAUUAACGAGAACUUAAGUUAUGACUGUGUGGAAAUAAGGACUUGUGUAUCCAUUCUGACUCCAGUGACUCUUAUACAGUUCUGGCAUAAGGCCCAAGAAAACACCUAUCCUAGUUUGACAGACUCAGGUCCUGCACACCUGAAUCCUGCUUUUUUGUGUGCCAUUUUUUAUCCUUUAUCAUCACACCUUUGUCACAAAUAAGGUCAUAAAAACAUUCAAAUAUCACUUUCGUGAAAUUGAUAAAAGAAAUGAAUUUCGAAGGAUGCAAAACUCUUGGGUUUAUGAACCUCAGAAUAUUUAUUUACUUCAGGAAACACCUGCACUGGCUUUGAAAAGCUACGAAUGUCCAGUCCACUUCACUUUUAAGGAGGGACAACAAACUGUAUCUAAAAGUGAGAGCGUGUUAUGUUGUGGUAGGAAAACAAUUUUUCUUGUCCUUGAUUACAUUGCCCAUCAAGCUUUUUAAAGGUUUUUCUGAUCACAUCAAAUAAAGGCUUAAAAAAAAUAAAAUUCAAAAAUGAAUGUGAGCGGUUGUUAAACAUACGUAAACCCUCUGUUUCUUUACUAACCUUCUUGAUACCACUUUUUAAUGUGAUUAAGAGCAGAAAUUCUGAAAUGCUAUUCAGAUAGACCUUUCAAGAAUCUAUACUGAUUAAAAACUUAAUUUCUAAAAAAGAAAGGACGUAUGUAGUUUUUCAAAUCCCAAGAUUCAUUUAUACCUUCGAUAAAAUAAUGAGUGAAACAAAGUUAUUUUUUUCUAAAGUUUCAAUUUUUUAUGGAUGCUCUUGUAAUUUCCUUAAUGCGUAUAGUAAAAGUUUCAGUAUUUGUUUUCGUUAAUCUACUUAAUUUCGGCAUAGAAAAUUAUUUGUUAUUUUGUUUUGUUUAUAUUUAGCGUUUUAUAAAUUUUAACAUUUUUUUACACAUGAAGAAAGCUAAAGGCUUCUGAAAUCGGCAGUUGCUUAGAUACUUAAUUGGCAAAAUAAUGUCAUUGUAAAGUUGAAAUCUGCCUGGAGAGUAUCCCGUAGCACGUCUAAGUUUUAAAUAUUCAUUCAUUGUCGUUCGGAGGCAAUAUAAAAAGCUUGGAUCAAAUCUUUCUCUUGAAUUAAUUUUUGUUUUUUCCAAGAGGAAAAUAUUUUCUCACGUAGCCAGUAUACCGUGUAAUUUACGUAUACCGUAACUUUCUUUUUAAGUAUGAUUUUUCUUUAUUUCACACCCCGCUGUUCUGAGGCCCCCACAGUGUCUGUGAUAUUUUUUUUGUUCAUAUUCUGUCCCUUUAUCGCCUGUUAUUUAAUGUCGUUGCGUUUUGCUCUCAAACAUUGUUAUAUCCCACGUGCAAUCAUUCCCUCCCUAGUCUUUUGCUUGAAAACGAAUCCAAAAGAAUGCAUUUUCCUAGUCCAGCUAUUCUGAAAAAGGUAUCUAGAUGGCCAAGAAAAACCUUCAUCUUUUGUUGCAAUAAGACGAUCCUGUCUGUAAGGGGUUGUCCGUUGAAGUUUUUUACAUUUGUUUUUGAUGAGGCAGAAUUUUGAGCGAAAAAAGUCUGUGAUUCCAGCUAACAUAGCAGUUAGUUUAUCUUAUCUUUAAUAGUUAAUCUAUGAUAUUAAAGGCAUCAUGAAGGGUUCAAAUGUAUUUUUAGAUUGUAAUUGCCUUGGAUUUUUCAAAUUUUCACAACGUUAUACUCGAAGAAUGUAGGGUCAAAACUGCUCUAACCCACUUUUCAUAAACCGAAAAAAAUUUAUCUCGCCCUGAGCAACAGCAUCACAGAAUGCUAUUGAUUUUUUAUCACACUUUUAAGGCAUGCAUACAUAAAGUAAUUAAUCGUAGAUUUUAACAUAAUGUUAAGCUCAGCUGAAAAGGAUUUUUUUUGCUAUUGGGUCGGUCAAUUUUAUGUAAAAAUACCCAAUUGGAAUUUUAUGUCUUUAGGAAAUGAGAAAAAUUCAAAGCCUUCCUAAAAUACACAUUAAUGCAGGAUAGUAACUUUGUAGAAUGGGAGUGAGUAAUAAACUUUUCUUACAGAUUUUUGCACUUGGUUCGAUUAUCUAGCCAAAUCUGAAGCAAUGGUUAAUUUAGGCUUAAUCCCCAUUAUUAAGUAGGUUAUAAAAAGAAAAAAUUGAAAAAUGUGCGCUCUCGGUCUAAACCUAACAAUGGCUGGUUGGUUAGUUAGAUUACGACGAUCAGCAACCCGGCUAUUGCAUUAAAUUCGAAACAGCCAUUGCAUAAGGUUUCAGUUUUUUAAACAAAUGGAAAAAUCUGUCCAAACAAAGUUAACUUUGCACUCUCAUUGAAAUGAAUGCCAAUAAAUAAAUACAUAAUCCUGCAAAGGUUACAAAAAAAUUAGGACGACUAUGUUCAAGGGGCGUAGAGCCAAAUUGAGGCAAGGAUCUUAGAUCGAGACUCCUCUAGACCUAAGUGCCUUUUUUAAGCGUCGAAGAACAAAAUAAUUCCUUGAAAAAUUCGAUUUUCCAAAAAAGUACUUAGUGAUAGAUAUGGCGGAAUGUCAUUUUCUGUCUCGGGAACCGAAAGCACCAAAUGUACCAGUAUCAGAUGUUUUUAGAAAAAAAUCGCUCUUUCUUUCAGACGCACAACGUAUAGAUAAAAUUUGCACGGAGUAAGUGGCCGAAAUUUUCAACUUAGGUACUUACCUCUCCUACCCAAACAGCAGUGAUCGCGAUAAAUUGCGCUUUAAUCGGAGAAUGUAUCGCGAUUUUAUCGACGUCGAGCUAUUGCAAUAUUAUCGGAUAAAAAAUUGCGAUUUAAUUGCAUGAAUUGGCAAUAAAAUCGCGAUUUUAUCGACGGCGAUUCAUCGCAUUGUUAUCAACCGAAAAAUCGUGUUAAAUUCUGAUAAAAUUUCGAUUUUAUCCAACGCGAUUUUAUAGAGAUAAAAUUGCUGAAAUAUCGAGGAUAAUCGCUGAGAUGUUGAUGAUCCCAGCGAUUUUAUCGCCAAAAAAUCAUUAAAAAAAUCGCAACUUAAUUUCAAAACAUCAAGAUUUUUUCUUUGAAAAAUGCUACUUGGGUAUGGGUAUGGAGGAAAGUCUUAUCAUCCCUCGCGUUAAAGUCUCCAGCGGGCCGAUCAUUGAACCUGAUGUCAAACUAUGUCGAUUGACAAAUACUUGUCUCUCAAUUUUAUUUAUCGAUCAAGGCCAUUUGACAAGCUGUUCUUCUAGUUUUAGUUGUUUUUUCUUCUCCCGUGUUAAAGUCUCCGGUGAGGUGGUUAUUGAAUCUUGUCGCCUAAAAACAGCAUCCGUUUUUUCCGAGUAAAAGCAAAAUUUGUUGAAAUUGGGGUUCUCUCCCUUAAGUCCCUCGUCCCCGGGAAACUAUCGAUUUUCCGAAUAAUCCUCACGUGAUAAUAGAAAUUGGAGAGCAUUUAUCACUCAGCGUUAAAAAUACAGUGCGAAUUACCUUCUAAGAUCCUUGCCUCACUCCAUUUAAGAAUCUUCGUAUGCCUGUGUAUUUUAAAGUAUAAACUAAUAAUUUUUCAUGAAUUAAAUUAUUCAAUCGACGUCUACAUCGGAGUUUAGAUCUCCUACCUCAUGUAAUUCUUUGAUAGUGAUCUUUGCUAAUUUCACAAGGAACCUAUAUAAACGCAAGCAGUCCUUGUGUACAAGGUGCUGAAACUUGAACAGUUGUAUAGCUUUUUUAUCCAUCUUUACUGUAUCGCAGUGCUGAUUGAAUAUUCUUAUCUUUAACGAAGAAAGAGAAAGUGGUCGUAUAACUGCUUCUUUACAUUAAAAAAGUUAUGGAAAAGAAAUGUCGGUGUAAAAAUAGGAAGGCCUGUUCAAAGGUGGAGAAACAAGAGACCAACAUAUCACUAAAAUUGAAUUUUUUUCAUUUAUAAAAAAAAAUGUAAUUUUUAAGUAAAUGUUUUUAUUGCUCAGGUAUAAACAAGAAAAAAUUAAGAUCUUAGGUCUAGUUAAAACUUACAAAAUAUUUAAAUUAUAUUUUAUCUGACUUUUACUCGCAUUUUGUACUUUUUUGUGAGGUAGGGAUCCAAGAUUUACUUGGAUUUUACGAGCAUUUUGUAUGAAUUCAUUGCAUGUGAUUAUACUCAUUUUUCGCGGAAUAAUUAUUUACUGUAAGUUUGCGACGGAAAUUAAUUGUUGCUUGCUUUUCUCUGCGAUUUAAAAAGUAAAGUUUACAAAUAUGACUUAGCGUGUUGUCUCAGUUCAUCCACCUGUGGACUGGUGCAGUGUUGGCCCUACAUUCGUCACUUGACCUUAGCAUUUGAUAGUGCACCCUACAUCUCAGUGCUGUCUUGAUGUGUUCUUCACUAAGCGAAUUUUUCUUCCUUGAUCAUGCAAACUUUCUUGCGGGGUCUUGAUGAAACCGAAUUCUUUUUUACGUGCGGUACAGUCGAUAGUGAACAGAUUAUUAAUUAGGCAAGUGACACCUGUUGAUCGAUCUAUUCCUCCGCCCUCUGCUUAUCGAAGGAAUUGUAAUUCAAUUUUUUUUUUUUUUUUUUUUUUUUUUUUUUUUAAUGUCCCAUUAACCCGCCUGUUAACCUGAAUGGGUGCCUGCACUAAGAGAUUUAAAUGUUUUCAUAUUAUAUUCUUUGAUCAUAAAAAGCUGAUUUUUACCGUAUUUACAAUUUUUGGGGGAUCAUUAAGGGAGACCAGAGUCCUCAAACUUUUUUUAUCGAAUGACCGCUAUCCUUCGUGAUAAAUCAUUCACAGGGUAAGAAAAAUUAGUGAGAUUUUGUAAAAAUUUCAAGACAGUCGAAUUAUUGAACGAGUUAAAACGCAGCGAAUGGUGACAGAAAAGUAUACCCCAAAAAUUUUGAAUCUCGGAAUGCAACUGUUCAAAAGUUACCAGAAGUGGUCCAGACUUCAGGAUUUUAUCCUGUAUAACUAGAGGUUCCCCGUGCAAUACUAGGGUUUAUAUUGAAAGUUGCGGCAAAGGGACUUUAGGUCCUAAACCGAUCAUAGCUUUGGCACAUUUUCCUUUGGAGCUCGGGUUAUCAUGACCCCCAUUUUCAUCAGAAUUAGUCUUUUCUCAAAAUUAUGAAACAGACUUUUCUUGAUCUCCAAUCAUCGAAGAACAAUUCGCAUAUUGAUUUUAGUUAAGUAACUAAAUCCGUAACUAAUCCAAAA